CUCGCCCACCCUCUCGCCCACCCUCUCGCCCACCCGCGGCCAUGUCGGUGGUGGGCAUCGACCUCGGAUUCCUCAACUGCUACAUCGCCGUGGCGCGCAGCGGCGGCAUCGAGACCGUCGCCAACGAGUACAGCGACAGGUGUACCCCGGCCUGUAUAUCCUUAGGAUCCAAAACCCGGGCCAUCGGAAAUGCAGCCAAGAGCCAGAUCGUGACCAACGUAAGAAACACUCUGCAUGGCUUCAAGAAGCUUCACGGGCGGGCCUUCGACGACCCCAUCGUGCAGACGGAAAGAGUCAAGCUGCCGUACGAAAUUCAGAAAAUGCCGAACGGAAGCGCGGGGGUUAAGGUGUGCUACCUGGAAGAGGAGAGACCUUUCGCGAUCGAACAGGUCACUGGAAUGCUGUUGGCCAAGCUCAAGGAGACAUCGGAGAACGCUCUGAAGAAGCCGGUGGCGGACUGCGUCAUAUCUAUUCCUAGCUUUUUCACUGAUGUCGAGAGAAGAUCGGUGCUGGCAGCAGCCCAGGUAGCCGGCUUAAAUUGUUUAAGGCUGAUGAAUGAAACCACGGCAGUUGCGUUAGCGUAUGGGAUCUAUAAGCAAGAUCUUCCUGCUUUGGAGGAGAGGCCAAGGAACGUCGUUUUUGUCGACAUGGGUCAUUCCGCGUACCAGGUCUCAGUCUGUGCCUUUAACAAGGGAAAACUUAAGGUCUUGGCUGCUGCUUUCGACCCUUACCUGGGCGGCAGGAACUUUGACGAGACGUUGGUGGACUAUUUCUGCGAGGAAUUCAGGGCCAAGUAUAAGCUGAACGUGAAGGAGAACCCCCGGGCCCUCCUCCGCCUCUACCAGGAGUGCGAAAAACUCAAGAAGCUGAUGAGCGCCAACGCCUCCGACCUCCCGCUCAACAUCGAGUGCUUCAUGAACGACCUGGACGUGUCCGGAAAGAUGAACCGAGGGCAGUUUGAACAGUUAUGCGCUUCUCUCUUGGCCAGAGUGGAGCCACCAUUAAAAGCCGUGAUGGAUGAAGCCAACCUGCGACGAGAAGACGUCAACAGCAUUGAGAUCGUGGGAGGAGCCACGCGCAUCCCCGCAGUGAAAGAGCAGAUCUCCAAAUUCUUCCUCAAAGAUGUCAGCACCACCCUGAACGCGGAUGAAGCGGUGGCCAGGGGCUGCGCUUUGCAGUGCGCCAUCCUGUCACCCGCAUUUAAGGUGCGCGAGUUCUCCAUCACCGACGUCGUCCCGUAUUCCAUCACGCUGAGGUGGAAGUCCCCUUUCGAAGAAGGGACCGGGGAAUGCGAGGUGUUCCCCAAAAACCACGCGGCCCCGUUCUCAAAAGUCAUCACUUUCCAGAAGAAGGAACCGUUCGACUUGGAAGCGUUUUACACCCAUUCGCACGCUGUGCCUUAUCCCGAUCCCAGAAUCGGUCGCUUCACGAUCCAGAACGUCCUCCCGCAGUCGGACGGCGACAGCUCCAAGGUCAAGGUCAAAGUGCGGGUGAACAUCCACGGCGUGUUCAGCGUGGCCAGCGCGGCCAUCGUGGAGAAGCAGACGUCGGAAGGGGACCCCGGCGACCCGCCCAUGGAGACCGAGGCGCCCGGCAAGAGGGAGGGCAAAGACGACCCGGAUCCGAUGCAGGUGGACCAGGAAGACGGACAGCCCGGGAGCCGGGCCGAGCACACCCCGGAAGAGGAAAUCGAUCACACGGGGGCCGCGGAGGCCAAGGCUCCGGAGAAGCAGGAGCGGCCCGCCCAGGUGGCCAAAGCCAAAGUGAAGGUGAAGAGCGUGGACUUGCCCGUCCAGUGCAGCUUGAACAGGCAGCUGGGCCAGGAUCUCAUCAAUAGCUAUAUUGAAAAUGAGGGCAAGAUGAUCAUGCAGGACAAGCUGGAGAAGGAGAGGAACGAUGCGAAGAACGCCGUCGAAGAGUACGUGUACGACCUGAGAGACAAGCUGGCCAGCGUCCUCGAGAAGUUUGUCGCCCAAGAGGACUCAAGUCGGCUGACGCUCAUGCUGGAGGACACUGAAAACUGGCUCUACGAGGACGGCGAGGACCAGCCCAAGCAAGUUUAUAUCGACAAGCUUCAAGAAUUGAAGAAACUCGGCCAGCCCAUUCACACGAGAUACGUGGAGCACGAAGAGAGACCGAAAGCGAUGAACCACCUGGGGAAGAAGAUCCAGCUGCUGAUGAAAGCGGUCGAAGCCUUCAAGAGCAAGGAUGAAAAAUACGAUCAUUUAGAUGCCGCCGAAAUGGACAAAGUGGAGAAAUCCAUUAACGAAGCCAUGAGUUGGCUGAACAGUAAGAUGAACGCCCAGAACAAGCUCGGCCUGACCCAGGACCCCGUGGUCAAAGUAGCAGAAAUAAUCGCCAAGGCCAAGGAACUGGAGGCAUUCUGUAACCCCAUCGUGUCCAGGCCCAAACCCAAAGUGGAGGCGUCAGAAGACCAGACCCGGGGGAACGGCGAGACCAACGGGCCGGCGGACGGCCAGGGGGCCGCCGGGCCCAAGGCGGACGCGGCCGGCGAGGACCCGCCGCCCGCCAGGCCGCCCGGGGACAUGGAGGUGGACUAGGGGCCCGCUUCCCCCACCCCCGGCCUCCCCGACGGUACGAGUGACCAACCGCGGGGCCCUCCGUGCCCUCCACCCUCCCUCCCCGGCCCCCUCCCUCCACCCGGCAGAUGUUCCGUUUCUUCAUAGCCACCUGGGUCAUUUGUAGUAGUUUGGAAAACGUGUUUUCUAUCGAGUGCACUUCCAACGCCCCGUCCGUGGACGCCCGCUUUCUGUGGAGCUUAAGCUGAAUAGAUGGUUUAGACGAGUUUGAGCCGCCUCCCCACCCGCCCCUCGCCCGUUCUCCCCCUCAGCUCUGUUCCCCCCCCACCCCCGGCCCGCACUGAAACGCGGAACGGACCCUCGGCAACGAUCUACCUUAACGUCAAGCUUCUCUUGGCCCCCCUUAUCCGGGAAAGGACACGACCGUACCGCGCUACCGACCCGCAAGCGGAGAGGAGGGAAAUGGUUUCGAGAAACGGAAACGGGGAAAUCGAUGGGGCUUUAAAGCCACCCGAGCACUGACCUUUUUUUCUAGUGAUUGUACUGUUCUAAUUUAACGAUUAAAAACAAACGAGAGAGGUUGGCUGACA